AUGACUUUUUUAUACUUAUUAUUGAUAUUGUGUAUAAAGUUUGCGAGUAGUUUUGAGACCAUUAAAAUGAAUCCUACUAAUCAAUAUUUAAGGAAAAUUGUUGAAUUGAAUGAGAAUGUAUUAACAAGUAAUAGUUGUUUAACAUAUGGAAUCUGGUCAAAGUAUAACCCUCUUAGUACAAUCACUUAGAUAGGAAAGUUUGGAUUAUUUGAUAAUUAUUGCUUUCAUUUGCAUAAUGCUAUUGAUUUGGAAUCUAAAAGUUUAAAUCUGAUUUAUUAUGAUUGUUUAGACUCUGUAUCAAAGAAAAUAACAAAAACACUUUUAUUUAUCAAUAAUCUUGAGGAAUAGAAUAGGUUUGAAAUAAUAAUUAAUCCAUUUGAUUAUGAAAACACUUGGUUUUAUUUAUAAAUUGUAGCAUGGCCUUUAUAAGAUAUAUUUAAGUUGAUAAUAAUGAAAAGAACUGAAAUAUAGUUUGAAACAAUAAAAUAAAUGAAAUACCCCUUUAAAGAUACAAAUUUAAUAUUAUCUUUUGGAGGUAAUUUUAGAGUACAUAAAUCAAAGAUACAUAAUUUAUAUACAGAAUAAAUAUUCUCAUAUUUCCCAGGGCCUAUAAUUUUAUAAGACUUAUCAAUUUCAAGUUUACCAUUUGAUUUUUCAUUUAGUAAUUCUGCAAAUAAAGUAUAUAAUUAAAUUAAGACCUGUGUUUGUUAAUAAAAUGGGAAAUUGUUGAUUGGGGAUAUAGAUUUUAAGAAUUAGGAUAUGAAUACAUUUAUUUCUGAUAAUAUAAAUUGCGAUUCCUUUAUUUUAGUAGGAUGGAUUAAAGUUAAAGAAAUUAUCAAUUCAUCAUAACAACUCACUUAUCAACUAAUCAAAAUAUCAACAAAUUUAUUAGAUCCAAAAUUCUAAAAUCAAAAUUUAUCACCUUUUUAAUUAUUUUAUCAUAUAAAUACAGAAAAAAAUGAAAUAGAAAUCGCUACCUAUAAUUAUACAUUUCCAGAUGUCUCUAUUGAUUUUUCAAAUAAUCCUUUCUUAAUAUAGAAGAAAUUCUAAAUUCAAAAUAAGAUUAAUCUAUGGCAUUAUCUCAAAGUGGAAUUAUAAAAUAAAAAACUUAAUGUUAAAAUAAUAUUUUAUGAAGCUUAAAAUACUUUUAAUUAUGAUUCUAAUUUUGAACUUUAUUAGUUUCAGAAUUGUUAAUUUAAAGUCUAAUAUGGAAAUUGUUUAUAAACUAAAAUCAAUUAUUUAAAUAUCAUGAUGAGAAAUUUAGAAUUUUAUAAUUGUUACAAAAAGCUUACUAAUUUAAAUUGUCACUAUAGUUGUUUAUAAUGUGAUGGUCCAACUAAUCAGGAUUGUUUAUCUUGCUCUAUAGAAUCUUAAAGAAUAUAUAUUCCUGAAUAUAAAGUUUGCAUUUGUCCAUAUAAUACAAUUGAUAAUCAAAAUCAAUGCUAAACAUACAGACAAUCAAAUCUAAGAUUAAUAAAAGAUUAAAAUCUAUAUAAAAGUUUGAAUUGUCAUUAUGGGUAUUUUGAGAUUGAUGGAGAAUGUGUUAAAUGGUAUAAUUUUUAUUAUUAACAUUUAGCCCAUCAAUAAUAAGGAAAUAAUUUAUUAGUUGUUUUGAAUGUCUUAACAACCCCAAGUCAUGGUAUGAAUAUCCUAAUUGCUAAAAAGCUUUUAUCAUCAAACCAAAUAUCACUGUUGAUGAAGCAUUCAUAUCAAUUGGUUAAAUCCAGUAUUAUUAUGAUGGAAUUUUAAUUAACCCCAUUCAUUAUACUCAUUCACAAUAUAGUAGACAAAAUUUUUCAGAUAUCGAUGGCAUUUUUAAGGAAUUUAAAUUAGCCUCAAACUAUUUUAGAUAAUUUUGCUAACAAAUGGAUUCUGCAGAAGCUGAUUAAUUUAUUUGUUAUGAAUGUUUCCUAUAAAAUUGUUAAAUUUGCUCAUUGACUUUAACUACUUUAGAAUGUAUAAAAUGUUAUGGUAAUUAUAAAUUAAUAAAUGGCUAAUGUAAAUUAUAAUCUCAAAUUAAUUAGAAAAAUGAACUCAUUUGUUUAUCCCCAUUUUAUUAUUCAUUUGAGAAAUAAUGUAAAAUUUGUGAAAUAAAAAAUUGCAUAUAUUGUUUUGAAUACUCAUUAAAUGAUUUUAAUAUAUGCUCAUUAAUUAAAGUCUUUCAAUUUAGUUUAAGUUAGCUAUCUGAUAUCAAAAUAGGCUGUGCACUUUGUGAAGAAAACUAUAUAUUCGAUUUUACUUUAGGGUUAUGCUUAAAAUAAAUUCCUGAGAUAUAAAAUUGUUUAAGAUCUUAUAUAAAUUUAUAGAGUUAAGAAGAAUGUGUCUCAUCAAUGAAUGACGACUUUUCUAUUUCACCCGAAAUAUCUCAUUGCUAGAAAUAUAUUGAAUAUUGUAAUUUAUGCUCUAUAAAUAUCGAAAAAUAAAUUACCUGUGUUGCAUGCUCAGAUAAUUAUAUAAUUGAAAAUAAUAAAUGUUAUUAGAAUGAAGAAUUUAAUAUAGAGAAAAACUUAAUCUAAAAUUAGACAAAUAAAGUUUAAAGUUUUAUUCUUUAAUUUGUACCACAAUUGAAGUCAAGUAUUUACAAUGAGUUUUUAAAAUCAUCUAAUAUCUUUGAAUAGAAAUGUGAUCCAGAAUGUAUUUUAUGUAAUUAGAAUGGUUCUUAUUGCAAAGUAUGUCCAUUAAACUAUUAUAAAAAAUAUUUUAUGACAGAGGAAAGUGAUAAGUGUUCCUAUUGUCAUCCAUUAUGUGAGGCAUGUAUAACUCGUUCUGAUGAAGAUUUACAAGUAAGAAUAUUCAAUAUCAUAAAUAGCUUAAUUUUCCAAAUUUCAUACUGAAUGAGGAAAAUUAAAUUUACUCUAAAAAAUGUUUAAUACCAUAUUCUGAUCCUUCCAUUUUUUAUGAUCAUUAUUCUGAAAUUGUGAGUUACUGUUUUAAUUAUGAUUGUAAAUAUCAAUUUAUUUUUGAUAUUUCAUAUAUCUCAUGUGAUUUUACAAGACUCAAUAGAUUUUAUGAAUCAACAAUCAAUACUUAAUAUUGCAAUUAAAUUGGAAUAGAUUCUUUAACAGUUAAUUUAACUUUUUAAAUUUUAUAAGAAUCAUGCUUUCUAUUUCUGCCAUUAAAUUUCUCGACUCAAUUAAAACAAAAAGUAUUUACUUUAAAAAGAGUAGACCUCAGAUUAUAAUCACAAAAAUAUUUAUAAAUUUCUUUAUUUACCAAUAAUUCAUUCCUAAAUUUUGAUUAAGUCGAAAUUAACAAUUUAGGUUUUGUGAUUGAGGCUGACUAAUUCUUUAUAUUCCAAAAUGGUAAGAAGAAAAUAGAUUUAAUACUUUCAAAUUUUAUAAUUAGUCAAAGUUUAUUAAAGAAUAUGGACUCCUUGUUCAUAGCAGAAGUAUUUGGCAAUAUUAUUUUAAAUAAUAUUACUAUAAAAAAUACUACCUUUAUCAAUUCCUCAAUAUUUAAUUUUUAAUCACGUUAAAUAUAGGGAACGAUAUAAAUAACAAAUUUAUAAUUUAUAAAUUGCACAUUUAUAGAAUCAGCAUUAUUUAAAUUAUCAAAGAUUGAAUCCAUAAUAUCUUUAAAAAAUUUUAUUUUAGAUUAAUCUCUCUUAAGUAAUUCAUCAAUCUUUAAUUUUUUGAUAAGUUAUUCCUCAUAAUAAACGUUUCUAAAUGCAGUUAAUACAAUUAUCAGAAACAGUAAUUUCUCCCGAUCAUAUUUUAUAAACUGUUCUAAUUAAAUAGAAGUAAGUAUAAAUAAUUUUCAAUUUUAUUAAAACCUAUUAGAAACCUCUGUUACUCUAUCUGUUAGUCAUAAUAUUUUACUGACUUAGAUAAAUAUUUAUCAAAAUAUAUUUUCUUUCUCUUAAUUCCUUUCAAUAACUUAAAUAUUGUUGAAAAAUUAAGUUAUAUGUACUGUUAAUAAUUUUGAAGCAAAUUAAAAUCAUUUUUAGGCAUCCAAUAUCAUAUUGAUAUUUUCAGCAUUUUCAACAAAUUCGCUUUUAAUACACUUUGAAAAUUUUACAAUAAUAGAAAAUUACAAAUCUUUUAAAAAUAAUGACAUUAUAUAACUUUUUUGCAUGAAUAGUUAAUAAAUUCAUUUAUCAAAUUUUAUAAUCGUCGAUAAUCAUGAUUUAAUGAUAUUUUACUUGUCCGAAAAUUCUUAAUUAUCAAUUACUAAUAUAACAUAUUAAAACUCCAUUUAGAAUUUUAAAAUUCCUUUAUCCUUAAGUUUUUUAAUAACUAAUAAAACAAACAAAUUAUUAUAUAUUUUUGGGUUUACAAUUAUUUACAUAGCAAAUAUAAAAGUCUAAAAUAUUUUGAGUAUUGAUAUACCUAUAAUCUAAAUUAAUCCAAGUUAAUCUAAUUAAUCAUAGGUUCUUCAUCAAAUUGAGAUAAUUAAUGUUACAUUUACUGAAAAUAUCCUCAUUUAAUCUAACUUAAUUAAUCUGAUUUCUUUAUUAAUUGUAGAAUCAGAUAAAAUGGCAAAUAUAUUUCUUUAAAAUAUAAAAUAUGAAGAAAACUUUUUCCAUUCUUAUACUAGCACUGAAAUAAGUGAAACAGCAAGUCUUUUAUAUAUUUCCUCAUCAUUAAGUCGAUUAAGGGUUGAAAAUUUUCUUUGUAAAAAUAAUGCAUUCACAAAUUCUUCAAAUGCAUUUAUUUCAAUAAUAUCAGCUGAUAUAAUGCUUUACAAUUAUACUAUAAAUAACCACAAUUUUCUAUCUUAAUAAUUAUGGACUAAAUAUUAUGAAAUAUAAUUCAAUAAAAGUGUAAAUCAAUAAGAUCUAAAUGAAAUUAUUUUCUUAAGUUUACAGAUCAAAAAUAUUGGAGGAGCAGGAUAAUUUUCAGUUUAAAAUAUUUCUUGUUUAAGUUGCGCAUUUUCACAAAUUCUCACUAUGUAAAGUUCCAUUUUCGAUAUAACAACUACUGAAAGAGGUUUAAUAUAUUUAGAAAAUAUUACUUUAGAUUUAAUAGAAAAUAAUUUAUUAUCAAUUGAAAAAGGUUCAGGAUGCAUUAGUAUUUAAUCAUCCAAUAGUGAAUUGAAUCUAAAGGUAGUAAACGCUUAUUUUUCAAAUAUUUUUAAUAGAAUGGCACCUUCUAUAUUUGCUAUUAAUCCCUCCAAUUCUUAAAACUCAAUCAUACUAAAUAAUACUUAAAUUGUAAAUUGUAUUUCAUUGCUCAAUUAAAUAAUAAAUGUUUAAUUCUCAUCUUCUAAAGCUAAAUAGAAUAUAAUAAUCAUAGAAAAAAUGAGAAUUAUUUAAAAUUAUGAUGCAUGGCUGGUUUAUUUCUAAAAAGUUAGAGAUUUAUUAAUCUAAGAAAUUACAGAUACUAGCAAUAGUUAGAAUUCUAUGAUAUCUUUUCAAAAUUGCAUAAUCUUGAUAUAAGAUUUUUUUAUAGAAGGAAUUGUUAUUAAUUCUAUUUUUUAAUUUAAAAAUUUACCUAAAUUAUAACUUUAUAAUGUGAUAGUAGAUUAAAUCUAAAUGUUAUAUUCAUUCAAUUUAAUUUAAGUAACGUAAGUCUAGUAGAUUAAAUCUAUGAUUCACAUAGAACAUUUAGUAAUAAAAAAUACUUUGCUUUACAAAAAUGAUGUAAAAUCUUUUUCAGAUUAUUUAUAAAGAACAUAUGAUAUUCAAGGAAGCAAAAUUAUUUAAUAAUAAUCUGAAAAUAUUUCGAAAGAUUAUUUUUAUUUAAUUGUUAAUACUCUUUAAUAAAAUAAUAAUUUAGAAAGCUCUCUAAUGUAUUUUAAUAGUAUAUCUAAUCAAAAUAGGUUUUAUUUUAAAGAUAUCACAUUAGAACAUAAUUAUUGUUCAUAGUUCAUUAAGGGGCUCUUUUCUGUUGAAAUUUUUGAUUUUAGAUAGAUUUAAUUUUAGAAUUUCAAUUGUUUUUUUAAUUCAAUAAAACAAUUUGGAUGUCUAGUUUUUUCUUCAUAAAUUUAUCUUAAAUCAAAAAUAUUAAUUGUAAAUUCUAAUUUCCUUUUUAACAAUGGAAGUCAAGGUGUUGGUAUUACUGCUCAAAAAACAGUAAUAUAAAUGAAAUAGUGUGUAAUUAUUAGCAAUAUAGCAUUAUCUUUUGGAGGAGGUUUAUAUCUGUAAGUAAAAUCUUCUGACUUUAUAAUCAAAAAAUCGAUUAUAAUUGGAAAUUCUGCUACAAUAGGAGGGGGAAUUUAUUUAGAUGAGGAUUGCAAUUUAAAUAAUAAUAAUUUUAAUGAAUCCUUAUUGUAAUUUAAUACUGCUGGAGAAUACGGGAAUAAUAUUAAGGAAAUACCAAAUCAUUUAGCUUUUAUAAUUAAUUAUAUAGAGAACCCUUCUAAAUCUGUUCUGCUAAAUAAUGAAUGGAUAAAUAAGUUAGAUCUAAAAAAAUACAGAAUGAUAGAAUAAGGAAUCUAAAUCUUUGCUAAAGAUCUAUUGAUACCAAGCAAUUAGGUAUUGAAAACUUUUCAGAUUUUUGACAUACAUAAUUCAAAUUUUAAGCCUUUUAUUAAAGAUAUUAGCUUGUAUUUUAAAAAUAGUAAAAAUGAAAAAAUGCAUAAUUUAGUGAAUUCAUCUUGUGUAGUAAAAGAAUAAAAAAUAGCAAAAGAUUAAUAAGAAUUAUUAGAUGGAUAAGCUAACUAAAUUUUAUUCUUUGAUAAUGAAAAAAAUUCUAUUGAUUUUGGGUCAUUAUCAUUUAGUUUGAAUCCAUAUUAAGAAAAUUACAGUCAUCUACAGAUUGAAAUAAGUUGCUAAAUAAAAGAGUCAACAUAGAAUUUGAAAUAUAUUGUAAAUGCAAAGAGCCUAAAAUGUUAAUUGGGAGAAUUUUAUGUUGAUAAUGGAUGUCAAAUUUGUUAAUCAAAUUAAGGAUAUUAUUCUGUUUCAUAUAAUGCAACAAAGUGUUCUAUUUUUGAUAAAGAUAAAUACUCUAAUAUUACUUCAAACAUGAUUUAAUUGCUUCAAGGAUUUUGGAGACCAAAUAAUUUUUCUGAUUAUGUGGAAUCUUGUUUCAAGAAUCCUUUAUUUUGUAAUGGUGGAUGGUAAGUAUCACAUUCCACAUGCAGCUUAGGGCAUAUAGGAGCUUUAUGUGAAGAAUGUGAUAUUUAUAACAUUAGGGGACAUGGGAUUUAUUUCAAAAAUUCAUGGGAUUAAAAUUGUUUAAAAUGUUAAUUUUAAUGGAGCAAUACAUUACCAGUUUUUAUUGGCUGUCUUUGGUAUAUUAUUUUUAAUAAUAGUAAUAGGACCUUUAUAUCAAUUACAAUGUCAUUAAGAAGCAUUUCUAGAUCUAAUUAAUUAUAUAAAUCCCUUAUAAUUGCGUAAAGAUUUAGUAAAAUACUAUUUAAAUUAAAUUAAGGUAAAAUAUUAUCAAUAAAUUUAAGAUCAAGAAAGCAUUUAAUUAAAAAUGAUGAUAAAUUACAUAUGGAUAUUUAGUGUCAUUUUUACAUUUAACAUCAAAUUUUCGUUUUCUUUACUUUUUAUUGAAUAAACUAGUGAUACUUCUUACUUUAUAGCAAAAGAUUUUGAUUGUUAAAUAUCUUCUAUUGAAUAAAUUCAUAUCGUUUACUUGAAAAUAUUUACAAUGUUAAUCUUUAUGAUUAUCUUGUUUAUCUUAACAAUAUCUGGAUCAGUAUUUUAUUCACUAAUUAUGAAACAGAAAUAUGAUAUAAGUCUACUUUCAAAUACAGCUCUCUACUUAUAUGUUUUUAAUUAUGCAGGAUUAAUAAAGAUGUAUUAUAUAAUUAUUUAAUAGGUUUUCAUCUUUGAUUUCUAAAAGAGAAAUAUCCAAUAACUAUUACAUUUAGGGUGAUGUAUCUUAGAAAUAUGGAACUUAAGAUCAUUAUUUUUGGUUAUAUUCUUUUAUUAUUCCUGGAUUGUUUGUUAUAGGUGGAUUGAUUCCUAUCUUAAUAUUUAUUCUUUUGAUAUUUAAUAAAACUCGUUUAGAAAAAAUUAAGCUAAGAAGACACAUUUGUUAUUUGUUAAAUGAAUACAAAUAGCAAAGAUAUUAUUGGGAACUGAUUAAACUAUUUAAGAAAACAAUUAUUAUAUUUAUAAUGGCAAAUUUUGAAACAGAUAUAGUAUUAAAAGCAUCAUUACUAGGAUUGUGUUUAUUAACAUAUCAAAUAUUGGCUACAUUUAAUUAACCAUACAUUCUUUAAAAAUAUAAUAUUUUAGACUUAUAAACCAGUCAAAUUUGUUCAAUUACUAUAUUUUUAGCUAUAACUAAAUACAUUUGUGAAUAAAAUAAUUACUUGCCAUACUCUAUGAUGCUUUAAACUUUUAUCAUAGGACUUUUUAUAAAACUAUGUUAUCCAUUUAUAUUUGGAAUUGCUAGAAGUUACCAUAAAAAAUAUAAAUUCUUUUUCUUGAAUAAAUUACAUUUUCUUCUAAAUUAGAAAAUACCAAAUUUCUUUCUUACUAAAAUUUUAAUGAAAAUGUUAGAUAAAUAAAAAUUAAAGGAAUAAAAAUUGAAGAAUAAUAUAACUAAAUUGAAGAACCAUUUAAUUUAUUUCUCAAAAAUAUAAUUAAGAAACUCAAAAUAAAUAAUGACAGGUUUCUAUUAGAGUUCAUAAAGUUCAAGAAUUUAAAGUGUAAAAUCAAGUAGAAUAGGUAUUGAAAAAUUAUAUUUUGAUCAUAUUGAAGAAGAUGAAUUUACUAAAAGAUGA